UUCCUCCGGCUUGCCGAUCAAUCACCCCCGAAACCGUCACACUGCCGAAAAGCAAGACCACGAUGGCGAAAACUAAGUCAGGAGGUCAGAAACUCGCCUCUCGAUCAUGUUCUCACUGCCUUGAUGACGCUAGGCGAGAGCUACCAUAACUUCCGCCACGAAUUCCCAUCUGAUUAUCGCAACGCCAUCGAAUGGUGGCAGUAUGACCCAACAAAAUGGUCAAUCUGGAUGUGGAAGCAACUGGGUCUGGCCUCUAACCGUGUUCAGCAACUGCAGAAGGUGGUUGACCAACAACGAGCCAAAAUUGACUGCGGAGUUCCCUUGGAGAAGCUGCCAGUCUUUUCCUGGGAUGGGUUUCUGCAAGAUGCUCGCAGUGGGAAGGCCCUUGUUGCGAUCGCCGGUAUGAUUCAUUAUGUGACGGACUGUGUCAAUGAGCAUCCUGGCAGCAAGGCAUUCAUCAGCUCUGGUAUUGGGAAGGAUGCCACUGCACUUUUCAAUGUCGGAAUUUAUAAUCACUCCAACGCAGCGCACAAUCUUCUCUCUAACAUGCGUGUUGGUGUUAUCUGCGGUGGUGGUGAAGUUGAGAUUUGGCGGCAAGCGCAUCCUGAGAAACUUGCGCCUGUCGGAGUUGCUUAG